ACGGAACUCGUGCAAAAAUAAUACAAUCGUUCUCGAAAAAUUGUCACAACGUGCGGUGUAGCUAUGUCGAGCCGCUGAUAACGGUUCACGCUUGUAUCUGCGUGCGUACACCACACAUGUAACUAUUUUGGUUUCAGUGUUAUUGAACUUUCGACUGCUUCGAGUUCAGUGUCGAUUUUUAAGUUCUGUGCUAGCUGGUGAUCCGAUACCUGUGCCAAUGUGAUAAAACAGUCUGGAGCAGAGCAUGAAAAUGUCAAAAUUUUACUCUGAAAGCAUAGGUCACUCAUGUUGAUAACUUGUAAAUGUCAAUGCAACAGGUGUCAGUGUAAAUUUCUAUCAACAUGGCCAACUUUCGAGGAGGACAAGAUUCCUCCGAACCUUAUCAAGAACUGGAUGAAAUAAGAGGUGCAGAGUUAAAUAGUGCAAAUCACAGCUCGAUAGAGAGAAACAGUUUAUCGAGCAAUUUUGCUGUAGAUAGAUCAUUGGAGCUGACUUCAGUUUCAGUAGUUCCAGAUGACACAUUUACAGUUAGCCAAGCUAUUAAUAUGUUAGGUUUUGGAAAAUUUCAAGUUAAAUUAUCAUUAUUUACUGGUCUAUGUUGGAUGGCUGACAGUAUGGAAAUGACAAUUCUCAGUAUUCUUAGUCCAACGUUACAUUGCGAUUGGGGAAUAUCUAGGUAUCAACAAGCACUUACAACUACAGUAGUAUUUUUGGGAAUGAUGUUAAGUUCUUCAUUUUGGAAUAAUUUAAGUGAUCGCUAUGGUAGGAAGCAAUCAUUAACAUUGUGCGGUGCAUUGCUGUUCUAUUAUGGCUUUCUAAGUUCAUUUGCACCCAACUUUUUAUGGAUUCUUUUACUUCGUGGUCUGGUAGGCUUUGCCAUUGGUUGUGUACCACAAUCAGUUACCCUAUACGCUGAGUUUUUACCUGCAGAACAAAGAGCGAAAUGCGUAAUUUUAUUAGAUUGCUUUUGGGCUCUCGGAGCCUGCUUCGAGGUCGCGCUCGCUCUAGUUGUGAUGCCAAAUCUGGGCUGGAGGUGGCUUCUGGCUCUUUCAACGAUACCGCUAUUUUUGUUCUCCGUAAUAACGCCCUGGCUGCCGGAGUCGACGUCGCACGACAUGAUGAUGGGCCGAACCGACAAAGCGCUGAACACGCUCGAGCGAAUCGCCCGGGAGAACGGCAAACCGAUGCCGCUCGGGCGUCUGGUGAUCGAUCGGGUCUACCCGACCAAUCGAGGCAGACUCGUCGAUUUGCUCAACAAGGACAUGUACAAAACUUCGGUUCUGCUCUGGCUCGUAUGGAUGGCGAGCGCCUUCUGCUACUACGGCGUCGUGCUCAUGACCACGGAACUGUUCGACACGACGGCCGAGCAAUGCGACGAGACGGCCGAGGAGCGCAUACAGUCGCGCGCCUGCCUCAUCAAUUGCCAGCUGAGCCGGGGCGAUUACAUGGACCUGCUCUGGACGACGCUGGCCGAGUUCCCGGGCAUCUUCUCGACCAUCUACGUGAUCGAGAAAGUCGGCAGGAAGCGCACGAUGGCCUUCCAGCUGGUGAUGUUCGCCGCGGUCGUGUGCUUCCUCGGACGGGCCUGUCGGCUGUCGCGCCUCGUGCUCACCGUCAGUCUGUUCCUCGCCCGGGCCCUGAUCGCGGGCGUCUUUCAGGCCGCCUACGUGUACACGCCCGAGCUGUAUCCGGGCUAUCUGCGGGCGACCGGGGUGAGCGCCUGCUCGGCCAUGGCCCGGCUCGGGGCCAUGCUGACCCCCUACGUGGCCCAGAUACUCCUGAGAUGGUCCGUGUCCACGGCCAUGGUGACGUACGCCGUGGCCGCACUGUGCGCCGCCUUCGCCAUCAUAGCCUUGCCGGCCGAGAUAAGGAAGACGUGAGAGCCCCGAGAGACUGACUUCGUCCCUAUUAUUAAUGUUUUUGUGCAAUAGAUUACUUUUUCAAAAAUUUUUCAGUCAAAAUCGUUUCGUUAUAUCUUGCAUUGAAAGAUAUUUUAUUUCGAGAAGCCUCGUUCGUUAACAACAUUUUGAAAAACGAGAAAUGAGUA